UAAAACUACGUACUUUUUCAAAUAAAAAAAGGGGGAGAAAACACUGUGGGACUAAAGAAUUUGAUUUUCAUGCUCCUCCUCAUGGCCCUCUCAUGUCUAUCGUCCUCUUCCGUCGAUGCGACCGAUCAUGCAGCGCUGCCUCAUUCUAGCCAAAUCAAAGCCAAAAAUCAAGCUGCCGCACCCCAUUCUAGCCUUGGACCGUUUACAUCACAACCAACGAGCAGCUCCUCCCGGCUCCCGGUUCUUCAUGACUGGGGAACAAGAUCUCAAAAGACUACUGACGAGAUGAGAGCAAAUCCCGCUCUCAAAAAGCUCUGUUCCGAUAAGGACCAUCCCAAGGUGUGCACCAACACUCUCAUGCCCUUCGUCAUGGCAAACAAUGACCCCAAAACCAGAACCACUAUGGUCCUCAAAGUCUCGGUGAAACUAACCUAUGACAAGGCCAAAGCUACAGGGCCGUACUCAAAAGCAACAGGAACACCCUGGACGCCAUUGAAGCUCAUGACUUUUUCACAAUCAACGGCGAACUCAGCUACAACAUCGAUCAUCAAUGUGGAUGUUUGUGAGGAUGCAUUCGUUAAAGCUGGAAUCAAAUCGCCACUGGCUCGCACGAACGAGGUGCUAAGGAAGAUGGUUGCUAACAAUUUGUCCUCCGGUGUGGAUUUGAUUCGCGCUUAGAGUUUGCAGGAAAGUUAAUUGUUUACAUUCAAUGGAACAAUUUUUUGGGCAUCUAAGUGAGAAAGUCUGAAAAAUUUUCAUACUUAUGAAUUGACGAGGGGGAGGUUUGGACAUUGAAAGAAAAAUGCACUGAGACGUUAAUUGAAAUAUAAAUAGUGAAAAAGUAU